AAAUUAUAGAUCAUGAGUAAUGUAACUCAUAUAAUUGAAUGUGAUAAUCACUUAAAAAGUAUACAGGUGCAGUAACCUUAGUAGGGUAAUUACUAUGGCGCUCCGUUUUAGAGGCAAUAAUAAAAUGUUGCACUCCAGUUGCAAAAAAAUCGAGCAUAGCGACACUUCUUAUAAUUAAUCUUAGACUGGCAUUCGAAUAGAUAAAAACUAACUAUAUAUAUAUUUCACUUUACUAAAAUACAGUCUAUAUAGUUAUGGUACAUUUUACUACAGUUAAGCUCGUGGUGCUUAUCACGUUGUUCGUAUUAGAUAUAAUAACCAAUUACUCCAUAUUUGCGAACUCGGUAUUCCAUGAUGCUAUAAAAGUUUUGAGAAUAUCUCUAAGUUUAUUACUCUUAAAAGAAGUUACAAUAAAUAUUAAUAAAAAAAGCUCAGUUGAGAAAAAUUUACAGAAGUUACUGGUUGAGGCAGAAAAGUCAGUGAAAAAGUUGACAGGGUCACUACAGGAGUUAGAAAAGUCAAUGGAAAAGUUGACAGGAUCACUAGAGGAGUUGGAAAUAUCACUACAAAAGUUGGAAAUAUCACUACAAAAGUUGGAAAUAUCACUACAAAAGUUGGAAAUAUCACUACAUAAGUUGGAAAUGUCAAUGCAUGAGUUACAAAGGGUAUUCGUUCAUCACGAACACCCGCGAACACCAACAUCACCACGAACACCGAGAUUUCUACAGUCGUCAUUUAUUUAGAAGGGCUCAUAAAACUCUUACCAAACAUUUAUAAGGAGAGGCUAAUACACAAUUUUGCUUUAAAAAUAGUUAUAAGAAAAUAAUAUAUAAGACUACAUUAACUUUCAAAAAGCAUUUUACUUGUAGGAUCCACC